UGACAUUGACGGACAAUGCCUUCUGUGUUUGAAUGAAUCAAAUGUAGAAGGACUUGGACUUUCAUUUGGCCACAGAAUGAAACUGCUAAAUUACGUUAAAACAAUCAAACAACUUCAAGAGCAAGAGGAAUUGGCCAAUGUUGUCAUUGUUGAUCCCAGACCGAUUUUAGAAAUUGAGCCAGUUGUUAACGAAAAUCAAAUAUUUCAAAUAGUUGUGCCUGCUGAACCUUCAAACAACAACGGAACCUCGAACGGAGAUGUUAACGUCAUCGAAAUUUUAAACGAAACUGACGAAGGAAAAAUGAAUGUUGGAGCCUAUAUGGAACGACUUGAGGCUGUCAUUACCGAAGACGAGAGGAUAACAAUCGUCCAGAUCUUUUUGAACCGCUUGUCGACAAAGAGUGGCAAAAUUGAUUGUUUCCACCAACAGAACAAAGAAGAAAUCUUGGAGAAGCCAUUGUAAGGGCUUUUCCUUGCUUAAGGAUCCAUGUAGAUGGAAAAGUUUACUCCAGCCAUUUUUAUAAUCAGUAUACUGGAUCUAGGUUCAUUGAAGCAAGACUAAAAAG